AUGGGGGAGCCCGCCACCGCCGUGAGCCAGCUGCUGGGAGCGACCCGCGAGGCGCAGCUGCUGCAGAGCUUCUUGGGGGUCAGCCUGGCAGCCGACACCAACGAGGCUGCCGUCGGCGUCGACAAGAAGAGGGCCGUCAGCUUCAAGAGGGCGGCCGCCGCCGCGUCCACAGAAGACCAGGUGGAGGAGGAGGAGGCGGAGGAGGAGGUGGAACGGCCGAGGGCCCGCCGUCCCGCCCGUCGUAGACCGGGCGCAGUCCUCCGUCGGCCGCCCCCGCCGCCCCCUCAGCAGCAGGAGCAGGCGUCGUCCCGCAAGGUGCUGAGCCCGUUCGCGCAGAUCCUGCGCGAGAUCAAGCUGCGCACGCUGCACCAGCAACAGUCGCGGCCCCGACAGCGGCGGACGCGCGCCGCGCCCUACGAGGAGCUGUACACCGACAAGGACCGCGCCGCCGCCGUCAGCAUCGGCUCCGACGACAUCAAGGCCUCGCUCAAGGAGAAGAAGAGCAAGGAGCGCGCCGGCGACGCCGGGGGAGCUGCCGCCGGGGGCGUGUCGGCCGACCCGGGCACCCUGCUGGCGCUGGCCAGCCGCGAGAUGAGGGCGGGCAGCCCGCGCGUCGCGCUGCGCUUCGUCCACAAGGCGCUGGAGCUGCGGCCGGAGGACAAGGGCGCCCUGGUGGCGCGCAGCAAGUGCUACCUGCUGCUGGGGCAGCCGCAGCUGGCGCUGCAGGACGCCGAGGCGGCGCUACGAAGCGAGAUCGUGCGGUGCUCGGCCAUCUUCCAGAAGGCGGAGGCGCUGUACCAGUUGGGCGACUUCGAGCACAGCCUGAUGUACCACCACCGCGGGCUGCGUCUGCGGCCGGAGCUCGACGGCUUCCGUCUGGGCGUCCAGAAGGCGCAGCAGGCCAUCCAGAACACCAUCGGCGGGAAGACGCUGCUGCUCACGCCGGAACCGGCAGAGUCCCCUGCGGCGCUGGCGCAGACGCCGCCAGACGACAGCAAGCAGGAGACGGCGGCCACGUCGGUGCCCAGCUCGGGGUCGGCGGCGGGGCGUCGCAGCGCGAGCGCCAGCGCCGCGGCGCAGCACGGCCACGCCCCCAGCAGCCGGCCGGCGUCGGGCAGCGCGUGCGCGGCGGACCCUGCGGCGCGCCGCCUGCUGGGCGCGCUCUGCGUCGACAAGCAGUACCUCGAGCAGCUGCUCCAAAACCCCGAUAUUAAAUGCCUGCGGCAGGAAGCUGCGAGUCACAUCUUGACGGAGGCGGAGGAAGGCAUCGAAUUCCUCAAGACCAGAGAAGAGUUCUGGCGUCAGCAGAGGCCCAUACAAGUGAACAACAAAAAGAAGAAGAAGCACUAG